AGCGUCCUCGGGCGCAGCGAGGAGAAACAGACCUAAGCAGAUCCACUGCUGUGAUCCGAUUCUUUCCAGCGGCUUCUGCAACCAAGCAGGUCUCCCCUUGGUCCUCCGCGUCUCCAACCCUCGCACCUCGAACUCCAGCGUCCCCGAGAGUCCCCGCAUCCCCGCUCCCAGGCUACGUGAGAGGAUGCGCGGUGCUCCGACGGCUGGAGCAGCCCUGAUGCUCUGCGUCGCCACCGCCGUGCUGCUGAGAGCUCAGGGCGGCCCCGUGCAGUCCAAGCCUCCGCGCUUUGCGUCCUGGGACGAGAUGAAUGUCCUGGCGCACGGACUCCUGCAGCUAGGCCAGGGGCUGCGCGAACACGCGGAGCGCACCCGCAGUCAGCUGAACGCGCUGGAGCGGCGCCUGAGCGCUUGCGGGUCCGCCUGCCAGGAAACCGAGGGGUCCACCGCCCUCCCGUUAGCCCCUGAAAGCCAGGUGGACCCUGAGGUCCUUCACAGCCUGCAGACACAACUCAAGGCUCAGAACAGCAGGAUCCAGCAACUCUUCCACAAGGUGGCCCAGCAGCAGCGGCACCUGGAGAAGCAGCACCUGCGAAUUCAGCGUCUGCAAAGCCAGGUUGGCCUCCUAGACCCCAAGCACCUAGACCAUGAGGUGGCCAAGCCUGCCCGAAGAAAGAGGCUGCCCGAGAUAGCCCGGCCAGUUGACCCGGCUCAAAAUGCCAGCCGCCUGCACCGGCUGCCCAGGGAUUGCCAGGAGCUGUUUGAAGAUGGGGAGAGGCAGAGUGGACUAUUUGAGAUCCAGCCUCAGGGGUCUCCGCCAUUUUUGGUGAACUGCAAGAUGACCUCAGAUGGAGGCUGGACAGUAAUUCAGAGGCGCCAUGAUGGCUCUGUGGACUUCAACCGGCCCUGGGAAGCCUACAAGGCGGGGUUCGGGGAUCCCCAAGGCGAGUUCUGGCUGGGCCUGGAGAAGGUGCAUAGCAUCACAGGGGACCGCAACAGCCGCCUGGCCGUGCAGCUGCGGGACUGGGAUGGCAACGCCGAGUCGCUGCAGUUCUCUGUGCACCUGGGUGGUGAGGACACGGCCUACAGCCUGCAGCUCACCGAGCCCGUGGCCAGCCAGUUGGGUGCCACCACCGUCCCGCCUAGCGGCCUCUCCGUACCCUUCUCCACUUGGGACCAAGAUCACGACCUCCGCAGGGACAAGAACUGCGCCAAGAGCCUCUCUGGAGGCUGGUGGUUUGGCACCUGCAGCCAUUCCAACCUCAAUGGCCAGUACUUCCGCUCCAUCCCACAGCAGCGGCAGGAGCUUAAGAAAGGAAUCUUCUGGAAGACCUGGCGGGGCCGCUACUACCCGCUGCAGGCCACCACCAUGUUGAUCCAGCCCACGGCGGCAGAGGCAGCCUCCUAGCCUCCUGGCUGGGCCUGGUCCCAGGCCCACGAAGGACAGUGACUCUUGGCUCUGCCCGAGGAUGUGGCCACUCCCUGCCCGGGCAGGGGCUCCGAGGAGGGGCCAUCUGGAAGCUUGUGGACGGAGAAGAAGACCACGGCUGGAGAAGCCCACUCUCUGAGUACAGGGGGGGCUGCAUGCGUUGCCUCCUGAGAUCGAGGCUGCAGGAUAUGCUUAGACUCUGGAGGCGUGGACCGAGGGGCAUGGAGCUUCAUUCCUCGCUGGCCGGGGAGUUGGGGACUCAGAGGGACCACUUGGGGCCGGCCCGGCUGGCCUCAAUGGCGGACUCAGUCACAUUGACUGACUGGGGGACCAGGGCUCACGUGGGUCAAGAACGCCCUCCUGGUGCGGGUGCUGUUGUGUAUAGGUCCCCUGGGGACACAAGUAGGCACCAGUGGUGUCUGGGCGGAGCUCACAGAGUUCUUGGAAUAAAAGCAACCUCAGAACACUU